AUGACAUCUUUUCCACUGUUUAAUGGGAUAUUUACAUCUCAUCACAUAAAGCAUUCUUGGGGAGAGAUCCAGGCUCUUUCAAACAAAGACGCACGUAAUGAAAAAUCAAAUCCGUAUAAAAAAGCUCGAAUAGGCAGGAAAGUCGACAUGAAAGGAACAUCAUUAAAAACAUCAAAUAAAUUUGAGGCAAUUUUUGGGGAGGCUGCAGGUGGAUUAGGUCCAUUUGGUGCUGCUGCAGCUUGUCGUAAGAAGCGAUUCUUAGACAAAGUAAAAUUGAUGGUUAUCAUGCGAGAUAGUUUAAAUCGCCUGUUUAAAGAUUGUGACUAUGUGUCCGAUGAAGAAAUAUCAGAAGUUAUAGUUUACGCCUGGCUUCAGUUUGCUGAACUUUUACGCGAUGUAUAG